AGCCUGUGGACAUGCACUCCCUGGGCGAGGCACUGCGGGGUUACCUGCAGGACCUGCCCUCCCCUGCGGUGCCUGUGUCGGUGCACGGAGACAUCCUUCGCAUCCUGCAGGAGAUCCCUCAGCCAGAGAAUUGCUGGAAGCAGCUGCUGCUGGCCCUGGAGUCGCCUGCGGUCCCGCUCCAGAACACGCUCACCCUGCAGUUCCUGCUCCGGCAUCUGGGGAAGGUAUCGCAGCAGGUCGAGAGCAACAACCUCCACCCUCGGGCCCUGGGAGAGAUCUUCAGCCCCCUGCUCCUGCAGCUGCCUGGCGCCAGCCCAGAGCUGAGCCCUGACUUCUCCGUGCUGUUUUUGGAGACACUCCUGCAGACGAAGGAGCUGGAGCUGGAACAGUUGCCUCCAGGUACCGAGAUGCCCCUUCCUUGGAGCCUGAGGCACUGGUGUCUGUGCUCUGUGGGUGUGGAAUCUGCCCCCACCAACGGGUUGCCCAGGGUGUUUUGGUAGCCCAGCUGUGCCUGGAGGCUGGCC